UGGGAAGUCGAUCUGAUUUUUUUUUUUAACCCUGGAAUGGAAUAGAGACUUUUGAAACUUAACUCAAAGGUACAGACCAAUUCAGCCGGUCUAGUGGGGGUGGGGAGGCCAGCGCCAGCUGAAUUCAGAAUGGCUGUAUUUGCUUUAUUUUGCCGAACUUUCUGCAUUCAUCACACCAGAGGCAAUUUCAACCGAAAGCUGCUCAACGUCCUUAAUUGCUCCCCCCUCGCUGAAAUUUUUUCUCAAACAGGUUUGUGGAUGGCUCCUAGAAGAUCUUGAUUGGCUCCCGAGGAAAUAUCGUUUUGCUGGAUUGGUUUCCUGUCAUCCUGUCCCCCCAGUCAACCAUGAGCCAGUCAGACCCUGCCGAUGACCCGGAUCCCAGCCCCGAGCCCCUGUGUGUGGUGUGUGGCCAAGCCCACUCCCCCGAGGAAAACCACUUCUACACCUACACAGAAGAUGUGGACGAUGACCUCAUAUGCCACAUCUGCCUGCAAGCCUUGCUGGACCCUCUGGACACUCCCUGUGGACACACCUACUGCACUGUCUGCCUCACCAACUUCCUGGUGAGUAAGGACUUCUGCCCCCUGGACCGCCAGCCCCUGGUCCUCCAGCACUGCAAGAAGUCCAGCAUCCUGGUCCACAAGCUCCUCAACAAGCUCACGGUGACCUGCCCGUUCGCCGAGCACUGCGCCGAGGUGCUGCAGCGCUGUGAUCUGGAGCAUCACUUCCAAACCAGCUGUAAAGGCGCCUCCCACUAUGGCCUGACCAAGGACAGGAAGAGGCGCUCCCAGGAUGGCUGUGUGGAUGGCUGUGCGAGCCUCGCGGCCACGACACUCUUCCCAGAGGUUUCUGCAGCUGCCACCGUCGCCUUAAUGACAGACGAGCCUGGCCUGGACAACCCUGCCUACGUGUCCGCAGCAGAGGAUGGGCAGCCAGCAGACAGCCCAUCAGACUUUGGCCGGAGCAACCGAACAAGGGCACGGCCCUUCGAGCGAUCCUCUAUUAGAAGCAGAUCGUUUAAAAAAAUAAACCGAGCUCUGAGUGUUCUGCGAAGGACAAAGAGUGGAAGUGCAGAGGCCAAUCAAGCCGAGGAGGGCGGAGAAAACUCUGAAAGCACCACUUCCCCUGAAGUCUUUCCAAGGUUGUAUCACCUGAUCCCAGACGGUGAAAUUACCAGCAUCAAGAUUAAUAGAGCGGAUCCCAAUGAGAGCCUCUCCAUUAGGCUUGUGGGAGGCAGUGAAACCCCGCUGGUCCAUAUCAUUAUCCAACACAUCUAUCGUGAUGGGGUGAUUGCCAGAGACGGCCGGCUACUGCCAGGAGACAUCAUCCUAAAGGUCAACGGGAUGGACAUCAGCAAUGUCCGUCACAACUACGCCCUGCGCCUGCUGCGGCAGCCCUGCCGGGUGCUGUGGCUCACUGUGCUGCGGGAGCAGAAGUUCCGGAGCAGGAACAACGGGCAGGCGCUGGACAGCUGCGGGCCCCGCGAUGACAGCUUCCAUGUGAUUCUCAACAAAAGCAGCCCCGAGGAGCAGCUUGGGAUAAAACUGGUGCGCAAGGUGGAUGAGCCCGGGGUGUUCAUUUCCAACGUGUUGGAUGGCGGUGUGGCGGACCGACACGGUCAGCUGGAGGAGAACGACCGUGUGUUAGCCAUCAAUGGACAUGACCUCAGAUACGGCAGCCCAGAGAGCGCAGCUCAUCUGAUCCAGGCCAGCGAAAGACGCAUCCACCUCGUCGUGUCCCGCCAGGCCCGUCAGCAGAGUCCUGACAUCUUUCAGGAAGCCGGCUGGAGCAGCAACGGCAGCCAGUCCUCGGGGCCAGGGGCCAGGAGCCACAACCCCAAGCACCUCCCUCUUGCAGUCACUUGUCAUGAGAAGGUGGUUAGUGUCCGAAAAGACCCCAGCGAGUCCCUCGGGAUGACUGUUUCAGGGGGAGCAUCACACAAUGAGUGGGAUUUGCCUAUCUACGUCAUCAGUGUUGAACCCGGAGGAGUCAUAAGCAGAGAUGGAAGAAUAAAAACAGGUGACAUUUUGUUGAAUGUGAAUGGGGUUGAACUAACAGAGGUCAGCCGGAACAAGGCCGUGGCAUUAUUGAAAAGCACAUCCUCCUCAAUGGUUCUUAAAGCUUUGGAAGUCAAACAAUGUGAGUCCCAGGAAGAAGGCAACAGCCCAGCAGCCCUGGACUCCAACCACAACAUGGCCCCGCCCAGUGACUGGUCCCCCUCCUGGGUCAUGUGGCUGGAAUUACCACGGUACCUGUACAACUGCAAAGAUGUUGUAUUACGAAGAAGCACAGCUGGAAGUCUGGGCUUCUGCAUUGUAGGAGGUUAUGAAGAAUACAAUGGGAACAAACCUUUUUUUAUCAAAUCCAUUGUUGAAGGAACACCAGCAUAUAAUGAUGGAAGAAUUAGAUGUGGUGACAUUCUUCUUGCUGUCAAUGGUAGAAGUACAUCAGGAAUGAUACAUGCUUGCUUGGCAAGGAUGCUAAAAGAACUUAAAGGGAAAAUCACUCUCACUAUUGUUUCUUGGCCUGGCACUUUUUUAUAGAAUUGAUGGGUCACAGAAAAUCGCAAAGUUGAAACAAAUAUAUUUAUCUUGUCAAUUUUUGUAUUUAAAGGAUACAUUAUAAAAAUGUGAACUUUAAUAUCAGCAAAAUUAUGAUCUAAUGAAAGCCAAUUACACCUCAGAAAAUAUAAUUCUCAAAACAAACAUUACUAAUAGUUUUUAUUCAGUGUGGAGGAUUUUGCAUCACUCUACGUUUACGUUUAUAUUUUUCUAUUUAAUAAAAAGCUCUUAAACAGUUGAAAUGGUUUGUAUGCCCUCAAAUGAAUUCGAACCAUAAAAUUAAAUUAAAAAUUUGAGUAUUUUAAAAAUAACUUACAGCCAAAUGAUUUUAAAAGUGCAUUACUGAAAAAUGUUCCUUUCAUCAAAUGAGAAAUAAAUAUUUUUUAAAAUA